GAACCAGAAAUUUCACCAAUAUUUAUCGACGCGUUGCGCUGUUUGAAUAGUUCUUUUAAAAUUGUUUGUAAAAGUUAAGAAUAUAUACAUGCAUUAACAAUUCGUUUAAUAUAAAUUGAGUGAACUUGUCCUAUAUUCAUUAUCACUCUAAUUGCGAAAUAAAUAAAUUGAACAAAUUGGCGCGAAAAGAAAAGGCCAAAAAAAAAAAAAAUAAACUGACUUGCAGUGAUAAUAUGGAUAACGCUGAAACUGCUUCAAGCGAGCAGCAGACAAUUGAAAAUGAUUACAAGACCCCCAAGAAACCCAAUGCCGCUAAUUUGCUGAUUGAUGGAGAGCAAUUGCUGGACAAGAUCAAUAUCCUAACCACCAAACCGGACCAUGAGAAUCAAUCGCUCAACACUAAGCUGCCUACAAUAAAGGAUUUUGUCAUCAUCAAGCCCAUAAGUCGCGGAGCCUUUGGCAAGGUAUUCCUGGGGUACAAGAACAAUGAUUCCAACAAACUGUAUGCCAUCAAAGUGAUGCGUAAAUCCGAAAUGAUCAACAAGAAUAUGGUGUCCCAGGUGAUCACGGAGCGUAAUGCCUUGGCCCUGUCCCGAUCUCAAUUCUGUGUAAGCCUCUUCUACUCCCUGCAAUCGCUAUCCUAUGUCUAUCUGGUUAUGGAGUAUAUGGUGGGCGGUGAUCUCAAAUCCUUACUCGCCAUGUACGGCUAUUUCGAUGAGAUGACGGCCCGUUUCUAUGUGGCCGAAAUGGUAAUGGCCUUGCAGUAUCUACAUCAGCAUGGAAUUGUCCAUCGUGACAUUAAGCCGGAUAAUAUGCUGCUCUCUGGCACGGGUCAUGUUAAGUUAACGGACUUUGGCCUUAGCAAAAUUGAAAUGCGUCGUGAUUUGGAGAUAUCAGAUUUGAUCAAUUGCUCACCGAAUCUGAAUGCACGGACACCGGGUCAACUAUUGUCUCUCACUUCGCAUUUGUCAUUCGGCUCAGAGAAGAAACUACAAGAUUAUGGUGUCAGUGGGGGAACUGCCGGAGUAGUUACUGUAGGAGGUGCUGUAACAGUAGCUUCCCUCAUGCCCACUGGAACGGGUACCUCUCAUCUAUUGCAGGCCAUCAAUAAGCAUAAUUCCAUAAUGGAAUCGUCGGACAGUGAGACCGAUACAUCUCUCACUGAUGCAGAGAAGACUAGUGAUAGCAAGAUCUCUGGUGUUUCGCCAUUUUUCUCAGCCGAGGAGAUGAACGUCUCCAUUACUCAUACUUGUACGGGAAAAACCAAACUAAUGGACAGUUGUUCCUCAAGUUCAUACCACACCUGCAAUUCGGCCGAUUUAAGUAAAGCUUCUCCUCCAUUAGAACCAGUCGUAGAAGGAGGAGGAGCUGCGACGGUAGCCACAAGCAAACGGCGGGUAGAGUUUGCUUUGGACACGGUUACUUGCCAGGGCUGCAAAUUGGUCGAGCAGGACAACAAUAAUAGCGACAAGCAUUUAAUCAAGUUAGAAAACGCAAAUGAUGCCUCAUUUGAGUGUUCCAUGGUGCGUCGACGAUCGCUUGACGAGCGCAUACGGAAUUCCAAAAUGCAGGAAGAUUCUGGCGUUUCUAGUCGAAAGGGUGACGACUAUUCAUCGAAUUGUCAUUUGAAUCUAAAUAGCGAAAGCACUGCCUCAUCCAUUGAGAAGAAUGCUGAGAAUCUCAGUCAAUCGAAAGAGGAUUACAGCUGCUCUGAUUAUUCGCGCAGCUAUAACACCACAAACAAUGCUACAGAACUAAGUGGCAUACGCAUGAAUUCGCCAUUUCGUAAUCUAUCAAAGCAUUUCAAGCGACCCGAUUUCCUACGCGGAAUCAAGCGAAAGAUCAAUUUAGUGAACCGUUCGGAUAAUACAUCGAGUGCAGAGGGCGAUGGUUCUAGUUCGGGCAAUGGAAGUAGCAGUACACACACUGGACUGACCCAAGAAAUCGAAAUUCUUAAUAUAGGAAGUAGUACGCCAAAAAAACGCAAGGCCCGUUCCUCCUCCCCAUUGCGUGGUGUCCUUAAAGUACGAUCUCUAUCCGAUGAAGAACUUCCCAUGCAGCAUCUCUUGGGUCCGGAAACUGGUGUGGCCAAUGUUGUCUUCUCUACGCCCGUCUCCUCGCAAAAGUUACCACGCCGCGAUGGUGGACUCUUGGGUAAGCUAAAGGCCACCCGAUUUGCCUUGCCUCUGUCCAUUGAGAACAAGAAACGUGGCCAUGCGGUUGCCGAAAAGAUGUCGGGUGUGCAGUAUUUAAAAAUGGCCGAUGAUCCCACCAUGUCACCCAUUAAUCAUGGCACAGAAAAUUUGCCUAAAACUCCAAAAAAUAUAAAUAUUAAUACACCGUUUCGUACACCGAAAUCGGUGAGAAGGGGAAUGAGGGUAUCGAGUGAGCGGAUAUUGGGAACACCUGAUUAUUUAGCUCCGGAGUUGUUACUAAGGCAGGGACAUGGCGCCGCUGUCGACUGGUGGGCCCUUGGCGUUUGCUUCUACGAAUUCAUGACUGGUAUUCCGCCCUUCAACGACGAGACGCCCCAAAAAGUAUUUGACAACAUUCUCAAUAAAAAUAUUGAAUGGCCUGAGGGCGAAGAGGCAUUGUCCGCGGAUGCUGUGGAGGCCGUAGAACUACUAUUGACUAUGGAUCCUGCCGUCCGUCCCGCUGCUAAGGAGGUCCAACAGAUGCGCCACUUCGCAUGCAUCGAUUGGGAAAACAUUGGUUACAUGGAUCCACCGUUUGUGCCUACUCCUGAUAAUCCCACCGAUACGGGCUACUUUGAUGCCCGCAACAAUCUGCAGCAUUUGCAACUGUCCAAUUUUGCGUUGGAAGACUGAUUUUAUCCAUUUUAUCCAGCAGAGUCUGGUAGUCGUGUGCCAAGUGUUAUUUAUAGCAAUAAUAUGUUCGUUCUGUUAGUCUUAAAUGUUUCCAUUGUUAUCGCUUAUAUUUCGUUUAAUUCUAUUUAUAUAUUCUAAUUUAUUUGUAAUUACUUUUCGUAUUUUAUUUUAUAUGCCAACUCGAAAAAAAUUAUAUUCAUACAUCUUUAGAAACCGAUUUUAUUAUGCGGCAUGUUUCGAAACUAGAAAUAUUAUAAUAAGAAAUGUCUACAAGAUGUAUCAAUUCUAAAAUCAAUUGUAAAUUAAGGGAAAGAAAUUUAUAUAUACAUAUGUAGUUAUAUUAUCCUUUUUUUUUUACUCCAUUAAAAGUAUUCCUUGGGUAAAUACGGAAAGACAAGUUCUAAAUCGGAACCUGCUUCAGAUAUAAAUAUUUUAUCAUACAAAAUUUAUAAAAAUUUAUCAAGAAAUUAAAUUUUGCCUAGGAAUAUAAGUUUUCCAAAAUCUUAAUCAAACAAUACUUCAAUGAAA